CCAAACAAUAAAUAUUUUGUAGAAAUGAGUCAAUGAAUUCAAGCGAGAGAUCGUUCUCCUUUCUAUUUCCCCAAGCAACAACCUACGCCACCAUACCUGGAAUCAAAAUCCCAAGCUCAUCCGAAGGGAAGACAUUUCUUUAUCAGAAAAACCUCUUUCCUGUGAAAGCAAGUCAAUUAAAACCAAACACAUAAAAUAAGCAUUCCAACAAGAAUACCAUUGACACUCCAACGCAUCCUCACCUUCCCACCCUUCUUCCUUGCUUUACAAAUCUUCCUCAUUCAAUACCAAAAAACUGUACAAUAAAACAACAUUGGGAAGGACGAGGAGGAAGAAACCAAAGAAAGAACAGAGAUUGAUAGAAAAUGAGGGAUUUUGCUCUUCGCCCUUUUGUGUUUUGGGUAUUGCUGAUGGCUGUUCCUGCAUUUGGGCAGGAUCAGCAAACGCACCAGCAGUCCGAGAGAAUUUCAGGCAGUGCUGGUGAUGUUCUUGAGGAUGACCCAGUUGGGAGAUUGAAAGUGUUCAUUUAUGAGCUACCAAGUAAAUACAACAAGAAGAUUCUUGCAAAAGAUCCCAGGUGUCUCACCCAUAUGUUUGCAACAGAGAUCUUUAUGCAUCGGUUUCUACUCUCCAGUCCUGUGCGCACGUUGAACCCAGAGGAGGCUGACUGGUUCUACACGCCAGUGUAUACUACGUGUGAUCUCACUCCAAAUGGCUUGCCAUUGCCCUUCAAAUCACCCCGAAUGAUGAGAAGUGCCAUUCAGUAUAUUUCCACUAACUGGCCAUAUUGGAAUCGCACAGAGGGAGCAGAUCACUUCUUUGUGGUGCCACAUGAUUUUGGUGCAUGUUUUCAUUACCAAGAAGAAAAAGCGAUUGAAAGAGGCAUUUUACCAUUGCUGCAGCGUGCCACAUUGGUUCAGACGUUUGGGCAACGGUACCAUGUUUGUCUGAAGGAAGGCUCCAUUACAGUUCCACCUUAUGCUCCUCCACAAAAAAUGCAGGCACACUUGAUACCACCUAGUACUCCUCGAUCGAUCUUUGUUUACUUUCGUGGUCUUUUUUAUGAUGUGGGCAAUGAUCCUGAAGGUGGUUACUAUGCAAGGGGUGCAAGAGCAUCAGUAUGGGAAAAUUUUAAAGACAACCCUCUUUUUGACAUUUCUACCGAGCAUCCUGCCACCUAUUAUGAGGACAUGCAACGAGCCGUUUUUUGCUUGUGUCCAUUGGGCUGGGCACCUUGGAGUCCAAGACUUGUGGAAGGUGUGAUAUUUGGUUGUAUUCCGGUAAUAAUAGCUGAUGAUAUUGUGCUACCUUUUGCUGAUGCUAUCCCCUGGGAAGAAAUUGGAGUUUUUAUUGAAGAGAAAGAUGUACCUAACCUGGACAGUAUUCUCACAUCAAUUCCACCAGAGGUCAUAUUGAGGAAGCAGCGACUACUUGCAAAUCCUGCUAUGAAGCAAGCUAUGCUGUUUCCUCAACCUGCUCAACCAGGAGAUGCCUUUCAUCAGAUUUUAAAUGGUUUAGCUCGCAAACUUCCCCAUGAUAGCAGUGUUUACUUGAGGCCAAAUCAGAAAUUAUUGAACUGGACAGCAGGACCUGUUGGUGAUCUGAAGCCCUGGUAACAUGCAGAAUUGGUUGGUCAACUGCCAAAGUACCUUCAGUGAAUCUCAAUAUGGGUUUAAAGGCAAUAGCCAUCUCCAUUCUUCCAUCUCUUAUCAUGCUGAAGUUAUACACAGAUGACAUAUGAGUUUUCUUAGUUGUACCAUUUUUAAGAAUUCUUGAUUCUGUACAAUAGCAGGAGCAUUAGUUUUACAAGCUGCAUUCUGUGUUUUAGAUUCUUGAUUUUGUAAAGAAUCCAAUGGCCAAAAAUGAAACUAUAUGUUUUAAUUCUCUGGUGUGCAUGCAUUCCAUUGACGAGGUUUGAAUGCAAUCCACUGAUAGACUUAUACAUGUAUGUUUAAUACUACAAUAUUUACCAAGUCUAUUAAUUAA